AUGCCUUCCGUCUGGGCAGUGCCUUGCUGGCAGCCUUCGAUACCGCUCCUUUUGGUGACUGCUUUGGUGCCAAGUCGAGAAGCUGCACAGAAUGCGCAAGUCCAAGAGUCGGCAUCGGCAGCCCAUGUUCCGGUCGGGGUCGAUGGCCCAAAAAUCGCGAGAACCGCGAGAAUCGCCACAGCGCGGCCGCCCAGCCGAAACGGCUGGGCUGAAACUGAAGGUUGGGCGACCCAUGACUACGGCCAGGUCGUCUCCACGGUCUCCACCUCUUUGCCGCCACGCCACGACAUCCACGACCAGGUCGAGACUGCGCCUUCGAAACUGCGCCUUUUGGCGGCGCAGUUUCGCUUCUUCACGCGGGUGCUGCGGCGACAUGCGCCCGAGGAGCGCGUCUGGGCAGCGGAGCAGCAGCUCCAAGUGGGCGACCACAUCUUAGUGCAGUGGGAAUGCUCAGAGCAGCAUGGCAUCGUUUCUUCCACUUCCAACAGGCGAGGUCACAGCGGCCAUGGUGACGCCCCUUGGGUCAUGUUCUGGAGCGGAGACCGCCUGCAGAGCUCAACUCUGCCAAAGUUCAUUCAUGGCGGCGAGCUUCAUAGAAUUGUGUACCCCUUAUGGGCCUGCAGGUGUUCCAGCGAUUUUUCUUCCACCACCAUGCCUGAAAUCUUGGCUGAAGACUUCUGUGAAGCUGCAGCUCCAGAGGUCACGGUGAGGCUAGCAAGUGAAGCGCAGAGGACAUGGCGCCCCAGUUGGACCUUGUCCGCAGAUUUGGAGUUCUGCCUCUACGCGAAGCUGGGAGGUCGAACGCCGAUGUGGGAGAUCCACCGACGGCAAGCCUUCUCCUCCAAAGAAGGUUUGGUGCCGGGACAUCCCUUGGGCUGUUUGAUGCGCGGCAAACCCUCGGAACUCCUCACAGGUGCGGCCCCUGCUGCGACGACGGGGAACCCCCGCGCUUCACCGGAGCCUCGCCGGGGCGCUGUGCAAGAGACGCGGUGA